AUGUGGCGCAGUCUAUACCUUGGACUCCUCCUGUACUCGAAUUUCUUCUCUCCUACAAGAGCCAGUACCACUCGCGUCGACUUGACCCUGACGCGAAGACGCGCCAGUUUGCGUGCUCAAGAAGACUUACUACCGAUAAAUGGCGGCACUUCCUCGAUUCUUACUAGUCAAGCCGAAGGCGCUCUUUUCACGACGCAGCUAACACUUGGCGGCGUCGUGUUCGACGUCGAUGUCGACACCGGCUCUUCUGACCUUUGGAUCAUCCCCAAGGCAGCUUUCGCUGAUGUUUCGUACACCGAGACGCCCGCGAGUGUUAUAUACGGCACCGGGAUAAUCAAUGGCACCAUAGCGUAUGCACCGUUGACUCUGGGCUCGUUAUCUACUGACAAGCAAGCCUUCAUCCAGGUGACCGAGGCAACAGACAUGUCCGGGAUCCUCCGCUUUGGAAGCGAGGGCAUUUUCGGUCUUGGCUUCACGACUCCGUCUACAGGCAUCAAUCGAGCACUGGCUGAAGCUGGCUUCCCAGCAUCACCGAGCAACGCGAUGCAAAGCUUGCUCUCGUCCAACCCCUCACUGCCGCAGAUGUUCACCAUCCUUCUUGGACGUGAUUCGACCACUGGCCACGGCGCAGAUGGUCUUCUGACUGUAGGCGACUAUAUCGCCGGUCGUGAGACAAUCGCGCAGCUACCGCGUCUACCUCGCUUCGUACCCUCGGGCGAGAAGUACUCGGCUCAACCGCGUUGGACGGUACUUGCUGAGAGUGUAGUCGUGAACGGGGAGGUUAUCAAGUUGACAUCGGCAUUCACUGAUGCGCCCGCCGGAACGAACGUCGCGCUUUUGGACACGGGGACGACGUUGAGCGCUGUUCCUCGCGCGGUGAUGGAUGCGGUGUACGGUGCUGUAUCCGGUGCAUACUCCGCCGAAGGUCUCACAUCGGAGGGCUCGCACGAUUGGGUCAUACCAUGCGCAACACCUGUGCAAGUGUCCAUCGUGUUUGGCAACCAGGCUAUACCACUCCACCCUCUGGAUGCGACCAAGUUGCGGAAAGCAUCUAGUCCGCGCGGGAUCUACUGCACCGGCACAUUGCAGACCGCAGGUCCCACCCUUCAGGAGGCCGGGAUCGACAUGCUCCUGGGCGAUUCAUUCUUGCUGAACACGUACUCUUCGUACAACUUCGGUCGCUCUUCGUCGGGCACCAGCACAUCCGAAGAGGCACCUUACGUUCAAUUAGCUUCGCUAACGGAUCCGGAAACGGCUUUGGAAGAGUUUGAGAGGAUCAGGAAGAAAGAGAUACGGGAACUGGGGUUGCCAGAGCUUACGAGGGCGCAGAUUGUCGGCGAGGAAGAGGUGAAGGACAAGGACGCCGGAGAGGAGGUUCCUGGUGUACUACCGGGACCUGCACCUGCAGAAGUGCCCCCAACUCCGCCUGCGCCAUUUGAUGAAUGGGCCAACUCUGACGUUGACGUCGAGCUACCAUUACAACCUCUCGAUGGCGCCUCGAGGGAGAACACUGCUCCGCUACCACUGCAUGCCAAACCUGAAGUGCGCUUGGCCGGAGGAGUGGGUAUCGUGUUCCUUGCGCUCGUCGGAAUUGUCUUACUGGUUCUUGUCCGUCGCCGUCGAAAGAGGACAGACUACGAGCUAUUGCGUACUGACGAACACGAGCUCAGGCCACGGCGUUUGGACUGA